CUGUCGUUGGUUAGUGUAUUAGGUCAUAAGUAUUUAUGUACUAUUUAUAAAAUGUUUCUCUUUUCUCACUUUUCUGUAUGCUUAAAUGAGGGCUCGUGAAUAGUGUUGCAUCCUUUGAUCACAGACCAUUUAAAUCGAAAUUUUAUGGGCACUACAACAUCUAGACGUCUAUUCACUCCAAAACCGACCACAGAUGCACUUGUCAUUGACAUAGGAUGCGAUGAUCAGGGUACGUAUCUUUGCAAAGAUAAAGUGCUUCCAUGUCUGAACGGGGGAGUUUGUGCGUUAUUUAUUUCGGACGUUGAAGACAGAUGCAUUGAACGCUGCAAAUGUCCUCAGGAUUACAUCGGUGACUAUUGUCAAUUUUAUGCUGGAUUCUAUUCUGCGACAAUCGGUUUAAUAGUUGGCUUAUUUGUUACACUCUUAGUUAUCCUACUGACAAUUAUCUUCAUUUGGUACUGUUGUGCAAGAAGGAAACGAAGAAAACAAGAAAACCAGAAAGUUGAACGCCAACCACCUCGACCCUGUCUGUCCAAUCGAAUUGAUCGUAAUAACAUGAUAUAUGGAAGUAAUCGUGUGAUGAAUAGCAGUGAUCUAACUGUUGGGAGUAAUAAUCCAGGGAACAGUGUAACGCCUUAUGCUAGUCAUGCUGAUCUAGCCUCCGGACAGAUACAAGGAUACUCUACUUCGCAAUCGUUUAGCGUCUAUGAAAAUGUUGCCUGGGGUGAAGAUAUUGAUCCGGCUAAAUCCCUUCUCAACGCUCCAUCUUCAGUCUACACAUAUGGAAGAGGGGAACAAGUGAGCAAUCUAGGUGAUGUCAAUAGAAUCGAUGAUAAGCAAGUGUCAAUUUCAAUUUCAGACUAUGGUGGUGGUCUGCUGACGGAUAGAUCGAAUACGCCAACGUCUGUGAUGCCUAUCCAUCGGUAAAAUAUAUAUAUAUUGGAUGACGCAGAAUAAUGCACACUCACACACACUUUCACAAGUAGAAUAAACACACACACCACUUUGAGAAAUGAAGAUGAUCGCCUUAUUUUUAAAGAUAGAAAAUUUUAAAAAAACAAAACAGAAAAAACAGAAAAAGAAGAAAGAUUUAUUAUUUUGCUUUAUUUAUUAAAGAACACAAUCAGUACAUUGUUGUAUGCACUUUAACUGUAUCGUCCGCAUAUAAGAAUAAUCCGCGCCUUAAUCGCGCUUAUUCACUUGUAAAAUCAUCGAAUAUAUAUAUAUAUAUAUAUG